AUGCACUUAGGAGCAGUGUUCAAAACUGCCCUGUCUCGACCCUGGGUGCUACUAUGCCAUGAGCCCAUUGUACUCUUUUUGUCAAUCUAUCUCUCCAUUAUUUACGGCAUUCUUUACCUGCUUUUCGCAGCUAUUCCCAUCAUCUAUCAAACAGAGCGUGGCUGGAGUGAAGGGAAGAGCGGUCUCGCUUUCUUGGGCAUCCUGGUCGGCAUCCUAUUGUUUUUGGUUCAAGUAGAAUCUUCCUUAUAUACUCCGGGGACGAAGCUAGACACGAUCCCCUUUUAUACCUGA